ACCAGGCCGCUGGCUGAGGGGAAGUCGGGGCGGGAUGUGACCGCGCAGCGGAGUCGGGUCUACGGAUCUCGCACAUUAGCUUCAUCGGGGGGUCAAAUCCUGUUGUUCCCGUUGGACAGAAGCCAUUCGGUGAAUAUGAAAGAACUCAGAGGAACUCGAUGCUGAAGGUCACUGUGGUCCGGGCGCCCAGUAGCUGGUUAAUCAAUGAAAGUCUCUUAUCUACAACUCUGUCACUAAUCGCCUUGGUGGAUUUACUCAAAAUGUUUAUGUUUUCUCCCUUCAGGUAACAAUAGAGAGUCACAUAGCAUUCAAUACACUAGCUUGACACUAGAUGGCCCAAAAGUUCAUUGAAUAGAUGUUCUGUACUACACAGAGUUUAUCUUUGUACAGAACACGUAUUACACAACAAGGACAUUUUGUACAGCAGGACACACCCUCUUAUACAGCAUAGCUGUUCAUAGUGCAUCACAUGUUACUACAUGCCAACUGGUCAUUACUUUGAGGGACAGACUAGGGCUGCUUUCAAACUCUGCAAAAGGACCUGUAGAAUAGGUGAUACAUCUGUUGACUUUUCUGCACCAGUAGAUUGAGGUGUGUGAAGGACGUCAGGAUGAAGGUGCUUCAGUCAUCUCUGCUCGUCUUUGCCUUACUAUUGGUCCAACUCUCCGGUUCAUUCGGGGGGAAAAUCCUGGUGUUCCCAUUGGACGGAAGCCAUUGGGUAAAUAUGAAAGUUAUCGUAGAGGAGCUGCAUGCCAGAGGUCACGAGAUCACCGUGGUUCGACCUUCUGAUAGCUGGUACAUCACGGAAAAGUCUCCUUUCUACACUUCUGUCGCUAUUUCUAGUCCUGGUGGAUUUGAACAAAAGUACUUUGAAGCCUUUUUGGCUCGACAGCUGGAGAUCCGGCUUCAGAGUAGGCAUGGAUCUUUUUGGUCUAAAAUCUGGACGGAAAUCCAGAUAAAGCUAGUGGUUAUAGAGCAGUUCUCCCUGCUGCACAAGGGGAUGAGUGAAAUAGCCUCUCAGAUGUUAGAAGAUGAAAACCUGAUGCAGUCGUUCCAUGAAGCCAAAUAUGAUGUUGUUUUGACUGACCCCGGUGUCGGUGUUGGGGCAUUGCUGGCACGUCGCCUCCAAGUUCCUCUUGUCUUUAAUGUCAGAUGGACCAUUCAAGGGGAGGCUCAUUUCCUCAUGGCUCCCUCUCCUUUGUCCUACAUUCCUUUCACUUCAACAGAGUUGACCGAUAAAAUGACCUUCCCACAAAGAAUAAAGAAUGUUUUGAGCUAUCAUUUUGGGAUGUACACAAUGUCGUACAUCACAGAACCUCAUUACAAACCAGUCGUUAAAAAGCACUUUGGUCCGGAUGUGGAUUACUCAACGUUUUUCCUGGAUGCAGAUAUCUGGCUCAUGAGGAAUGAUUUUGUCUUUGAAUUUCCACGUCCCACAAUGCCAAAUAUUAUCUACAUCAGUGGAUUUCAGUGCAGGCCCCCGAAGCCGCUCCCCGCAGACUUGGAGGAGUUUGUCCAGAGUUCUGGAGAUCAAGGCGUUGUUAUGAUGACUCUGGGAACUUUGGUCGGGGAGCUCCCCCAAGAUAUCGCUGAGGAGAUUGCUGCAGCGUUUGCCCAGCUGCCUCAGAAAGUCGUCUGGAGGUAUAUGGGACAAAGGCCAGCGAACCUAGGCAACAACACAUUGCUGGUCGACUGGCUGCCACAGAAAGAUCUCUUAGGACAUCCCAAAACGCGAGUGUUCGUGACCCACGGAGGCACCAACGGAGUACAGGAGGCAAUCUACCACGGAGUUCCUAUUGUUGGACUUCCCUUAUUUUUUGAUCAGCCGGAUAACCUCUUCAGAAUAAAAGCAAAGGGAGGGGCUGUGAUUCUUGAUAUUACCGAGCUCGACAGACGCAUCUUUGCAGAUGCCCUGGAGGCGGCUCUCUACGAUUCCUCCUACAGGGAAAACAUGCAGAGGCUCUCAAGGCUGAGCAGAGAUAAGCCCAUGAAAGCGUUGGAACAGGCAGUGUUUUGGAUAGAAUAUGUCAUCAGACACAAAGGAGCCCGUCAUCUGAAGACUCAGUCCACCGAAAUGUCCUGGUUUGUUUACAACUCUAUUGAUGUCAUUGCUGUUUUGUUGGCAGUUAUUUUGUUUGUAACAUUCACUUGCAUUUCAAUUGUAGGGUUACUGUGGAGAAUCAUUUUAGUUGGGAAAAAAGUGAAACAUGAAUGACAGGGGAAACAAAAUGUAAGAUUUACCAAACCACAACGCAACAGUUCCACGUGUAUGAGGUUACUAAAGUUUAUGGCAUUCAUAAAGUUUCGAUACAAUCUAUUCAACUGGUAGGUGGUCC